AUGGGCGAGGACCGGCGCGAUGUGCUGGGCGCGCAUCGGAUGCCGGGCCAGAUGCGAUGGGCGCCGGGGACGGGCAAGGUGUGUGACCCGGGUCAUCCAAGGGAAGUGUGGAAGACGAUCUGUCGAGAUGAUGACGGACGGCCUGCGGUGCUUCGUAUGGCACAUGAGGAGGCGGUGGUGAUCUCUGGCUAUGGGGAGAAAGGGACGAGCUUGGUUGAUGCUGAGGAGAAGGGAUGGAAGGGACGGAGUGAGGUUACGGUUACGGACAAGAAUGGUGUUAGGGUGAGGCAUGUCAUUGAGCCUAGGACCUUGGAAUCGCAGCAAGAGAAGCAACGUAAGAAGGUUAGAUUAUUUGAGUAG